CUACUGUACUUACGUGCCACUCACAACACUAUUCCUCGCCGCUCACAACACUAAAACCCGGUGUGCUCCCGCGUCAUGCGUCUCACAGCAAACAAUUUAUUAUUUAUUUUGCAUGUUUUAUAUUAUUGGAAUUGGUGAAUUGGCAGCAUGGGAGUCACGGGCUUGUGGAAGCUAAUCGAGCCAUGCGGCAAGCCUGUGCCGGUUGACACUUUGGAGGGCAAAAUACUGGCCGUGGACAUAUCCAUUUGGCUGCAUCAGGUUGUGAAGGGUUUCCAGGACAGCAAGGGCUCCGCUCUGAAUAAUGCGCAUCUCUUGGGCUUGUUUCAUCGCCUGUGUAAGCUGCUCUACUACCGCGUUCGUCCCAUCUUCAUAUUCGAUGGAUGCACGCCACAACUUAAAAGGGAUACAAUUGCGCGUCGCCAGCAGCAGCGCAAUAAACUCAGCAACGAAGCAGACCGCUUACAGGCUCUGCUGCUGCAGUCCCUGGCCAGGGAGAAGGUUGUGCAGCAGGCGCUGGGCAAGAAUGCGGAGCUUUUGCUGAAAUCACCAGUGAAACGCCCGCCUGCCAGCAAGUCGAAAAACGAAGAGGAUGAUCUAUUCAAACUGCCAGAAUUGCCGUCUUCGGCCGCUGGGCAGGACAACCAAGACGAAAGCGAUCAGGAUUUGGACUACACCAGUGCGAGUGCCACUUCGGAUAGCUCUUUUGACGAGUCCACCGCGCGACAUGCCUACAAUUCGAGUCUGCAGGCCAUCGAUGUCAGGAGUCAGAAUUUUAAGAACCUGCCCGCCGACGUUCGUCACGAGAUACUCACCGACAUCAAGGAGACUCGCAAGCAGUCCUCCUGGGGUCGCCUGCAUGAGCUGCCCGCCCGUAGCGAUGAAUUCUGCUCCUUCCAGAUGAAGCGUUUGCUGAAGCGACGCGCCGUACAGGAAAGUCUGGAGCAGGCCGAACAGGAAAUGGGCGGACACACGCUUACUUACUCCGAGCUGUGUGACUUUUUUAGCGAGGAGGGCAUUGUAACGCCAACGGCCAUAGAGCAGAGCACGCGACAAAUUAGCUCGGAUGAGCAUACGCGAUUCCUGCUUGUCAGGGAUCUGAAGAAGAAGGCACUGGAGAGUGCCAAAAUCGAGCCGAAGAUGGAGACAAUUGAGGAGCUGGCAGAAACAAAGCCCCCAGUUUAUGAGGAGAAGCCAACUACAUCCAGUAAGGCGGAGCAGGCAACCACAUCCAGCAAGGCGGAGUCUGUGGAUAUAACCAACGAAUUCGAUGCGGAAUUGGCACAAGCCUUGGCCCUCUCACUGGAAGAGACCCAGAAGGUGUACGAUGAGAAGGACUACGACUACGAAUCGGAUCAGGAGUUGCGCCUCAAUCGCGCUCAAAGCAAACAGUUGCGGCACGCAGCCAAGGGCCCGGCGAGGGCAUACAUGAUUGAAUAUGGCGGCAUGAACGAUGAGGAGGUGGGUAACAUAAUGGAGUCCACUCAAUUGAAUGACACGGAUAGCCUGGAGCAUUUGCUAGCCACAACUGCAGCCCAGGACGAUAUGGCCAACGAUUCCACAGAGGAGGCCGAGAAACUAUCAAAGGCCAUUGCCGAGAGCAAGAAAAGUCUCAAAGAGAAUCAAGUGCAGCUUGUAGACACGGACACGGAUUCUGAUUUGGAGGAAGUGGCAGCGCCUGCUCUAGAAAUUUGUGUGGACAUAACUGAGCAGCUGAAGCCCACCAACGAUCUGUUUGCGGAAAUAUUCGAAGAGGAAUCAGACAGGGAGAAAGCGGCUGAGGAAAGCGAAGAUGAUGAAGAUUUCAUAGAAGUGCCAGCGAGUGAGGAAGUGAAGCUCAUUGAAGAUUCACCUAAACCAAUUACAGAUGAAACAAUCGAAGUUCAAGAAAGCCAGGAAGAAAUGCUCACAGAACUGCAAGAGGAUAAAGAGACAUCCGAGGCAAAAACCAAACCUGAUUUGGACUCCAUAUUGAACGAUCUAAAAAGGAAAACCGAGGCAAUCAAAGAUAUCAAAUUAACAGUGGACGAGCCUAAAUCAAUCUCCAUUCUCGAGCCAAAACCAAAGGCAAUUCUAAGCUCUAUUCUGGAUGACCUGCAGAAGGAAAUCGCUGCCGUCAAAAACAUAAAACUGGAGCAAGUCAAGCUGAACAAUAGCGCAAUCAUUGAGUUAUCCUCGGACGAUGAGGCAGUCUUCAAAUUCAAUGCCACCUACAAGUCCGAAGAAGCAGGUUCCACCAAGACCGAAGCAGUGAUUGUGUUAUGCGACAGCGAUGACAAUCAAAAGCAACGAAUUUCACCCAACAAAACACCUAGCAAGAAAAAAUCCAUCAAGCAUUUCUUCGAGACAAGUUAUGUUGUGAAACGGACACCGGACAAGUCGCCAGUGGCUGAAAAUGCCACGCCUCCGGGAACUCCAAAGGUGCCGCAACCAUUCUACAGAAAGCGAACACCCAAAUCUGAUCGCAAACGGCCUGCUGAUGCUGCAAACGAGAGUGAUGAGGAAGUGUCGCCCACUAAAAGGUCCAGCAAAUCGUCGAAGUCUCUUUUUCAGGCAAACGAGCCAGAGCCGGCUGCGGCUGUGGAUCCCGGGGAGCUCACCCGAGAUGCAGCAGAGGCCCUCAAGUCGCAGAAGACCUCCGAAGAGCUGCAGGAGAUGGCUGAUAAAUUGUUCCAGGAACGUAAGGAAUUGGAAAUCGAACGUAAUCGGCAGGACCGCAUGGCCAUGUCCAUUAGCCAACGUAUGAGCAUUGAUUGCCAGGAGCUGCUGCGUCUCUUCGGCAUCCCGUACAUUGUGGCGCCCAUGGAGGCGGAGGCGCAAUGUGCCUUCCUUAACGCCACCGAACUUACGCACGGCACCAUCACGGACGACAGCGAUAUCUGGCUCUUUGGCGGUCGCACUGUCUACAAGAAUUUCUUUGCCCAGAACAAGCAUGUGCUGGAGUUCCGUGCCGAGCAGAUCGAGCAGACAUUCAACUGCAAUCGGGGCAAGCUGAUACAGUUGGCCUGCCUGGUGGGCAGUGAUUAUACCACGGGGAUUCAUGGAAUUGGUGCUGUGACGGCUCUGGAAAUUAUCGCCUCAUUCUCGAGCGCCAGCAAUUCUGUAGUGGAUGGCGGAAGCCCAGCCGCCAGCGGCAAUCAAUCGGUUUUAGCCACUUUGCAUAGGUUUCGAGACUGGUGGCAAGCACACAAGAGCACCAGCUUACCGCCAGGCAGUUCAGCGCGUCUGGCGCUUCGAAAAAAGCUUAAGAAUAUCGAACUGCACGAGGGCUUCCCAAACAUGGCUGUGGUAGAGGCGUAUCUGGAUCCCAAGGUGGACGACAAUCGGGAUGCCUUCAGUUGGGGCUCACCGGAUGUGGAAUCCAUAAGAGAAUUCACACGCAAAUCUUUCGGCUGGACAACAUCCAAGACAGACGACAUCCUCCUACCGGUAAUUAAGAAAAUUAACGAGAAAAAGAUUCAAGGCUCCAUUCGCAAUUAUUUCACGGCCAAGAGUGCUCUAAGGGUGCAACAGCCGCAGGUCAGCAAGCGCGUUCAGCUGGCCAUUGACAAGAUGUCGGGAAAUAUCGAUGCAGAGACGCCGGAAAAACCAAAAAAGGUUGUGCGCACCAGGCGGGCCAAGAAAGCUGCGACGACGGCGAAUGAGCCAGCGGAUGUGAAAGCCGAAACCAAGCCCGCACGUCCCAAGCGGGGCAAGCGAAAGGCUUCAACAACAGAUACAACCGAAGAACAGCCAUCCACAUCGCAGCCGAUGACAAAGCCUGGAAAAUGUCCAAGGAUACCAGACACCACAGAAAUCAUACCGCAAAGGGAAAGGGACAUGGAGCAGAUGCGCCUGAACAAGGCCAAGGCAGCGGAAGUGCUUAAAAAAUCUGCAGCAGCCAAAGACAACCAAAACUAAAUCCAGAUUGAAAUUUCACGUUUACAAUUAUGAAACUCACAUCUUGAGAUAAGUUAUAAUCAUGCAUGGAAACUCGAAGGAGCUGGACAUCAGCAAGGAAAGUGUUUAGUGCCUCACAGUAUGGUCCAUCAAUCAGACCACAAAGGAAAGUCCAGCCAGAAGCUAAGCACAAAAUAGAACACCAACAAGUAAAAGGUAACCCAUUCAUUCCCAUUCACCCUUAAUUUGGAAACGAAGAAGGGAGAUCUCAACUGCAAAUUCAUAUAGAAAAACUACAAACUUUAGAGAUGGACUUUAAGUCCAUCAAUUGGUACGAAACUGUUGAAAAUAAAUACAGAGUUAAGCCUUCGUCUUCGCCUUAUAGUCGUUCACAUGUUGACAACGAUUAUGUGGAUUAUGUGCACCAUUUACUUUGCCCAGCAGAUGAAUACGCCAAUGGAACUGCACUUGGCGGAGCUGAGAGGACAAAACAAAAAGGCUGCAAAAGUAAACAAGGCUGAUGAACAACAGUCCAGAUGGAGGAAGCCAACCCGAGGGAAGCCUCUGCCCAGAAGAUCUCUCAGAGCACCUCGAGAAACUCACCGCCUGCGAAAAGCUAUGGAAUCAAUUCCCGAUGAGCUCUCGCAGAUGCAGGUGCAGGCAGAGCAGAGUGAAGAAUGCUUAGACACACAAUCUUGGUCAGGGAAAAGUAACUGUAUUCAAUGCGACCUGUAGCAGGAUAAAGGCAUAUAUAUUGAAUAUACAUGUAGAUUAAUUUUGUAUUCGUAUUGCAUAAAUCAAAGCAAAAGAUUUCCUUACAAUAAACUAUGAAGAGACCCAGCUA